UGCUCACUGCAGCUUAAAGAGUUCUGUCCUUGGCGAGACUCCGACUACGUAUCGUCAGCUGACUAGUCAGCCGAUUACAUUCGAGUUUCUAUCGUUUAUCUUCGGUUGCACUUUGUUCGGCGAAAGGUAAAAAAUCUGGCAAUCAAGAUGCCCAAUUGCACGUCUGGUGAGGAGAAUCACGUGUGUCUUCCUAAUGGAGAUAAUGAUUGCGAGGAGACGCAGGAGUAUGACCCCGCAGUAAGAUACAGAGAUGGAUCCGUGCGACUUCGAAAUCCAAAUAUCGAGCUCAUGGAUCAAGAUAUAUUGUAUCAUCUUGCUCUGGGCAGUGGUUCCCACGAUCUCGUCGAAAUGUUCGGCGACGUCAAGUUCGUGUGCAUGGGAGGAACACCAAAACGUAUAGAAGAUUUUGCUCAUUUUAUAAUGAAGGAAAUAGGUCACAAGCUUCCAGCCGGAACGACACUUCUUGACAUAAGCCAGUAUUCAUACCGUUAUUCUAUGUACAAAGUCGGACCGGUUUUAUCUAUUAGUCAUGGAAUGGGUAUACCAUCAGUCGGUAUUUUACUUCAUGAGGUCAUCAAACUGAUGUACCAUGCAAGGGUGAAGGAUCCGAUAUUCUUUAGGAUUGGUACUUGUGGCGGGAUCGGCCUUGAAGGCGGUACUGUGGUAAUUUCCGAUGAAGCAGUCGAUGGAAUGUUGAAGCCUUACUUGGAACUGCCGGUGCUUGGUAAACUUUUACGAAGGCCGUCUAAGCUUGACCGGCAAUUAGCUCGCGAUCUAAAGGCUCUAGCGCAUCGCGAGGAUCCUUACGAUACUGUGAUUGGCAAAACAAUGUGUACUUAUGACUUCUAUGAAGGACAAGGUCGAAUGGACGGUGCAUUUUGCGAAUUCACAGAAAAUGACAAAAUGGACUAUUUACACAAGGUGCAUAAGACUGGCGUAAUAAACAUAGAAAUGGAGAGCCUUUCGUUUGCAGCUCUUACGCAUCAUGCAGGCAUUAAAUCUGCUGUUGUCUGCGUAACAUUGUUAGAUCGACUUAAAGGAGAUCAGGUACUGGCACCGAAGGAAGUCUUGGAUGAAUGGCAAAUGAGACCACAAGAGUUGAUCUCUCGUUAUAUAACUAGAUAUCUUCAACGAAAAGGCCGCCUUUCCCUAGAAGGCCAUGGAUCCAUGUGUGUUAAGAGUCCUCGUCGGUUCAAACUAGUGCAACAGGAAUCGGAAAACUACGAUUAAAUUUAUUACACAUCGUAUUAUAAAAUCGUCAAGGCAAUCCACUAUGAACCUUGUUAACAGAAGAACGUACUGUUAAAGUACGAUGAAAACUGCACGGAUUCGUU